AUGGCCACAGGCGAGGAAAAUACUGUCAACUAUAUGUUGGCCCGAGUCUUGUCUGGGGGCUCAAUCUACAGGAAGACGGAGCUUAGUCUUUUUUUUCCUCGGUGGUUUAAAUGUGUCAAAGAGAAUAAGCCGGUCCCUUCACGACUGCCGGAACUUCUGACGCGGGUUCUGCGUCCCUGGGGCACUCCAGCUGCCCGUGAGAACUCUCUGGAAAUUCAAGCCCGCGAGGGUCUUCCUGCUGAACAUCAAUGGAUGGUAGAGCUUCAUAUUCUCAUGACAGAUGAAGCAGAUGAAAGAUUCCUGCAGCAUUUGGAAUCUUUGCCGGAUCGGGUCAUAUCUUUCGAUGAACUGUAUCUGCAAGCCGAAGAUGACAAUACAGACAAUUCGAGCGACUUUCUCGUUGCCGACCCCCACCGAACCCUUCAAUUCGACUAUGAAAUUCGUGAUGUGAUGACACGAGGCGACAGGAACGAAAUGAGGAAGCACCAAGACGUCUUCUAUGUGACCGGUAUCGUUUCGUGGACUGUUAGGUCGCCUUUCUGGAAUAUCGCAUUGGCCACGGAUGAUGCAGGCAUUCGCUUUCUCUCAAAUAAGACAUUGGAUCGAGUUCUUCCGAAAUGGAGACAAAUCCUCACCGGCGACAAGAUUCCCACUGCGAGAUAUGGCGUCACUGAUUCUUUCCGUCAGUGGCUGGCAAGUGAGAAACGAAAGGCCAUCGAUCUCGGCAGACCUUGGCCAGAAACGCCCGUCAACGUCGCUUCUUCGGUCUCAAAGCCCAAGAGCUCGGGGCCCAAGUCUACGAGCUUCAUAUCUCGCCUUCGCUCCUCGGCUCCUAGCCGGACCUCCCCCACUGAAUUCGACUUCAAUGCAAACGACAUCGAGCAGACUGAAUUGCUUCGAGAAAUACUGACGGAAGUUAAGGAUUUGAAGCUCAUUAUGAAAAGUUUCCUGCCGAGUAGUGAAGAGCUUAUGCGUCGGGACCUUCAUAGCCCGGAAAUGCAAGUCCACGAACCUUGGCAACAGCCUUAUCCUGCCGUUCCCCAGGGACCCAGCUAUGCGACAAUGCAACCAUUUAUGGCGCAAAACGGUCGCGUAGGCAGUCCUCAAUUCGAUUCUACUCCAGCCGAUCAAGAUUGGCAGCGCUGGGACGCCGCGUACCACACCCCUAGCCAUGUGUCAGCUCCGGGGCCUGGUUAUAUGCGUCGUCCAUAA